AUGUGUGCAUUUAGUAUACAGAAACCAACAUUUCCUAAGAAUAUAUAUGUCAUUUCAGACUAUUUAUUUGUAUUUACCUACAUUUAUCCUCAUUUCAGAAUAAUCCCACAGACAAGAAUUGGAUACUGCAAAAAAAACUGUGUCAUUUGGAUCUGA